CUUCAGACUUUCGCGUGUCGCUGCUCGUGCCAUGCAUAGACGCUUGAGCAAAAUUCUGUCAAAUUGAGGUUGUUUUCUGCCUUCCAGCCGGGCUUCCUCAUGGCGAUCACCCUGUACAACUUGUUUGAAGCUGCGCUAUUAUGUAUCAAUGCCAUCGCCGUGCUGCACGAGAAACGAUUUCUGGAGAAGAUAAACUGGGGCAGAGAGCAAGCCGCACAUGGGUUCGAGCCUGGUGCUAAGUCGCAGAUAAUUAACCUGAUUCAUUCUGUGCGGACGGUUAUGAGGAUACCUCUAAUCUUCAUCAAUGCCUUGAUCAUCAUUUUCAAGCUACUCUUUGGGUGAUUAAUGGCUUCGAUGGGCGCUGCGCCUUCCUUUCGUGCAAAUGCAAUUCGCUGUACAUGUGUGCUUGUCAGGUGAAUAAAAUUUCUGGCUAUUUUUGUAUCUAAUGGGGCCGAUUUCCUUUCUGGUAAAAGCCUGGGGGUAGAUCCCAACUGACGUUUUGCAUUGAAACACAAUUUCUUUUUUUGUUCUUGUGUUAUAUAAAAGUUCGGUUCUUCGUGUAUGUGUUGGCGUGUGUGUGCAUACAUGUGCAAAAUGUAAAAAUAAGGUGGGUGGUGCUUCAACCUCCCAAACCAGUCUCCUGGCUACACCACUGUAUAGGAACAUUGUUGCAGUAACCUGCAGUUCAGAAGAAACUCGAAAUAGCUGCAUAUUUGUGGUAGCUAAAAGGGAUGGCAUGCUGGCAGGUGCCUCUGCAUAUUGUUUCCACACUUUCCUCGCAACCUCAUGCAAUUUUCUAAAGUGUUCCCUAUUUUUGUAAAUGAAUAUUGUCAUAUAACUAAAAGCCUCGGCCCAUCACCAUUUAUUGGUAAAUCUCUCAAAUGGGGCAGUGGCAAUCUUUAGUGGGUGUUGUAGCACAUGCUGCACUUUUUUUUUUUUUUAACAAUCAAGGAACACAUUGAUUCCAGCUUUUCUGAAGUCUACUGGUGGACAACAGAUGAGCCAACGAAAGUGAUGUGAUGACUGCUUAGUUUGUAAUUCUUCUGUCUGAUGGUACAACCCAUUGUUAUUCGUGAAUGGACAAGCAUUGAUCAGUAGGUGAGGAUAUAACUUGAAACCAAAUGAACUAAUAUACAUUUUGAGUAGCUAACCUCUAGAGAUACGCAUGAGUAUGAAACACUUGUUUAACAUGAGGCAAUUGCAUGUGAUGGCAGUAGGUUUCAGGCCGAUUCUCACACCUUCCUACUUAGGUUCCCAGUGCAAGUUGUCGAAUGAGGGCUUUUUUCGUGCCUCCUUUUCAGGAGACUAGUGCAGAUGCAGAUACUAUGACUCCUCUUUGGGUAUCCUACCUUUCUCUGACAGACCACAAUGCAACUGCUUCAUACCCAAUUAACCAUGUCAGUGUUUUAGAAACCUUUGAGCUGUUUCUGUGGGUGGCACUAAAGAGAAAGACAAAAGUGCAAUAUGCAAAGCCCUCAAUUUUAGCAGGCAAUUGUCGCUAGAUAUGCCCAUUCCCACUGUUGAACUUGCUUUUCUAAUUUCUGCACACGAAAAGGGGUAAUCUGUAGCUUAACUUGUUGUCACCGUCAUUCUCUGUUCUACUUCAAAUCCUUUUGUAUUCACGACCAUUUUUUAUUCUUGUAUUGAUAUUAGUGAGUUGGAGUGCUCGUGGUCUCUUUCACUAUGAUGAGGAAAAGUUUUGAGAUGAAGUGCACAUGUUCGAAUCUUCAUGUGUAUUGUAGAUUUACACAGAAGCUCUUCAGGAGGGUCAGAGCUCUCGUGAAGCAUUUAUUUAAAUGCUAUUUGACCUAAUGCAAUAUGUUGUACAGAUGCCUUCAUUGUCAGCCUGCAUGUAUGAUAAUUUUGUACAGUGUACUUUAUGAAUUCAAUCAUUGGUACGCUAUGCCAAAACAGCAUUUCUAGCAACAGCAUAUGGUGAGGAGAUGUAGUAAAAUCACUGAAAUGAAACGAGUGUUUGAUGUACGCCAAAAGAAUAGUGGCUAGGCGAAGUACAUGCAGAGAGAUGUACAACAAUAAAGUUGGAUUUCGUCGGCCCAUUUCACAGCUGCAUAGUGACCUAAUAAAAACUGGUGCCUUCAUAUCUUCUCGAUAAUGCUGAACAAUGUGAAGCAUGCACCUAUGCCCACAAAAGACUAUUUAGGUUUGAUCUGAGAAGCAUACAUGGAAUUUUAACCUGAUGGCUGGAGCGUUGGGCUCUAGUGCCAAGAGACUGCAGUUUGAUGGCACCAUCAGGCAUGCAGUUAUAUUUUUUUCUUUUUCUAACAGUUAUGGUCAGCAGAGUCUUAAGGUUGGCAAAAACAUAUGUCUAUUAGAAGCCAUAAAAAAUGAAUAAAGUGUACCCUGUUGUAUUUCUUCUACUCGGAACAUGUAGAAACACAAUCACUGGUUCAGUUCUGUGGCAUUCGAACGUUCGACUUAGUUUGCUUGCCUAGCUUGCCUGGUAAAUUUUCAGAACUUGCCGUUUUAUGUGGUCAAGCGAGCUGCUUGGUUAAACUAUUACGGUUUUGCCACCUGUUUGUGACUAAAAUAAACAUAAAAUGCACACUUCAGUCAAUUCUUGUGGUUUUGUGUAAUGCAACAUGGUUAACCCUAUAUAUUACCCCAGCAUUAUCAGAUAGUUGUGAUAAUUGUAUGUAAUUAUACAGAAUAAUGAGCAUAUGCUUACAUAUACUCUUGUUUUUGAUAAAUAUCUAUGUUAAUUGUAUGUUUCUCACACAUCUAGGAGGUUACAUAAGAUAAUAAAACUGUUAAAGAAGCA